CGCCGUCGCGUAGGAGGUAUGGCUUUUCUUUGCCUACCUUGGUGGCGCUUCCGCCUUUCCAGUUUGCCUUCGUCAUGAGUUGGGAAGAGGUGUCGGUACGAGGCUAUGCGGAAUUCGAACAGGCGUGCCGGGAGCAGCAGCGGCGGGGGCGGCGAGUCUUCGCCUACUUCAGCGGCGACAAGGAUUCGGCUAGUGGCGCCAGCUGGUGUCCGGAUUGCGUGAAGGCGGAGCCGAUUGUGCGAGCUGAGCUCCCUAAUAUGCCGGAAGCAUCUGUAUUCAUUUACUGCCAAGUAGGAGACAGACCCUACUGGAAAGAUCCCAAAAAUGAGUUCAGAAAGAAUCUUAAGCUCACUGGAGUGCCUACAUUACUUAAAUAUGGAACUCCUCAGAAGCUGGUGGAAGAAGAAUGUUUUAAAUCAGAGCUCGUGCGUAUGCUGUUCACAGAAGACUGAAUUCAUUUUGCAUUCAUCAUGAUGCUGCUACCAUCUGUUAAGCUGCUCAAAGCACCCUGAAGGGACCAUGCUCACAUCUUUGCUUCUGUGCAGUCUCUGACACUCAUCUAUCUGUAUUUAAGUAAAGCAGUGCUCAAAUGCUGGGGAAGAAGUAUGGUGUGGGGCCUCAUGUGAUCUGGAAAUGGGUUGAUUUAAAUAAAUGCGUAGCGACAGAUUGGAUUCAU